UUAUGAUAUACCUUAUCGGUACGAGAGCAAGUAGCUUUGAUUUUAUGCUUCAUGCAGUCUAGAAGUGCCAAAACCAUUGUCUUUUGUAUCUCUCAGUAGUCUGAAGUAAGGUUUUCUAAAAAAAAUGGAAGAGGAGAAUUUUGGACAACCAUUGUUGAAGAAACAGUAUUAUGAUAAUUGUCCUGGUUGUAAGGUGGAACAAGCCAAAGAGCUGGGAACAGAUGUUUCCAUUCGAAAUCUUUCUUAUAUAUGGAUCACCAUUUUAUGUGGCACGCUGCCGGUAGCUUCACUCUUUCCUUUCGUUUAUUUCAUGGUAAAGGAUUUCAAUAUUGCAGAAAGUGAGGAAGAUAUAAGUGCCUAUGCUGGUUAUGUGGGAUCUUCAUUCAUGCUUGGCAGAUCUUUGACAUCUAUAUUAUGGGGUAUAAUAUCUGAUCGCUAUGGUAGAAAACCUGUUAUAAUUAUAGGAGUUAUCACAGUUGUCGUUUUCAACACGUUGUUUGGUCUUAGCACAAAUCUAUGGAUGGCUAUCAGUGUGAGAUUUCUUCUUGGAAGUUUAAAUGGUCUGAUUGGACCAGUAAAGGCUUAUGCAACUGAAAUUUUUAGCGAAGAGAAACAAGCUUUAGGACUCUCAACAGUUGUUGCAGCUUGGGGAGUAGGUUUAGUCAUUGGUCCUGCAUUGGGAGGUUAUUUGGCUCAGCCAGCAUUGAAAUACCCACAUCUAUUUCCAAAGGAUUCCUUUUGGGAUAAGUUUCCAUAUUUCUUGCCUUGCUUUGUAAUAUCAGCUUUUGCAUUUGUAGUAGCAAUUGCCUGCAUUUGGCUACCGGAAACACUUCACUACCACAAUGGCAGCAAAGAGUCCACUGACAUUGUGGAAGCUGCAGAAGUUGGAAGCAGUGAGACUGCCAAAGACAAGAUGAUCCAAAAAGAUGAAAGUAUCUUCUUAAAUUGGCCUUUAAUGUCAUCUAUUAUAGUUUACAGUGUUUUCUCUCUUCAUGAUAUUGCUUAUCAAGAGGUUUUUUCAUUAUGGGCUGUCAGUCCACGAAGCUUGGGCGGUUUGAACUUUACAACUAAUGAUGUCGGUAAUGUUCUUGCAAUAUCAGGUAUUGGUAUUAUAGUUUACCAGCUUGCCCUGUAUCCAUCAGUUCAAAAAGCUUGUGGACCUGUUAACCUUGCUCGCAUCACAGGGGCAUUAUCCAUACCCCUCUUGCAAAGUUAUCCCUUCAUGACACUUCUGUCUGGCUCAACAUUGUACCUUGUGAUAAAUAUUGCAUCCAUUCUGAAGUUUCUUAUGUCUGAGACAAUUGCAACUGGUUUAUUCCUUCUGCAAAAUAGAGCUGUGGAACAACAUCAAAGAGGGGCAGCUAAUGGCUUUGCAAUGACUGCUAUGUCAGCAUUCAAAACAAUCGGUCCUGCUGGAGGCGGUGCAUUAUUAGCAUGGUCACAAAAGCGGUUAAAUGCUUCUUUCCUCCCAGGCACCCAUAUGGUCUUCUUUGUCAUGAAUGUUGUUGAAGGACUUGGAGUACUUUUGAUGUUCAAACCAUUCUUGGGUGUAAAGAAGGAAAAACCAAUGGAGCAGUUACAGUGAUAUCAAUACAUUUUGGAUGGUAUAUCGAUCUUUGAGAUUUAGUAUGAAUGAAUGCAUAUGGACAUAAUUGCGUUUUAAGUAGAUUUUAAUGAUUGAGUUUCAUAAAUGUAUAAUGUAUUUGAAUAUUUGAUAUGUACUAAUACAAAACAAUGUAUAUCUUACUGUAUGCUCUUUGAAUUUCAAAGUGAAAAAUAAGUAAAAUUAUGUUGGAAAAAGAUUAA